GGCGGAGAUCAGCGAUCUGGACCGGCAGAUCGAGCAGCUGCGGCGCUGCGAGCUCAUCAAGGAGAGCGAAGUCAAGGCCCUGUGCGCGAAGGCCAGAGAGAUCUUGGUGGAGGAGAGCAACGUGCAGAGGGUGGACUCGCCAGUCACAGUGAGUACCCGCCGGCCCUCCGCAGCCCAGCUUAGUCUGUGGGGCCCACGGACGUGCCCCUUAGACUUGUGGGCUCCCAGCUGUAGGCCUCCUCCUGGGAGCCCCUCCUUCAAGGGAGCCUGGCUGGAAGAAACGGGUAUAACGGUCUGGGGCUUCGGGGUCACUGGAGGGACGCCCUUGGCUGGGGCAGAAGGCCUCUUCGUUUGGUAUGCGGCGACAUCCAUGGACAAUUCUAUGACCUCAAGGAGCUGUUCAGAGUGGGUGGCGAUGUCCCUGAGACUAACUACCUCUUCAUGGGGGACUUCGUGGAUCGUGGUUUCUACAGCGUCGAAACCUUCCUCCUGCUGCUGGCACUGAAGGUUCGCUACCCUGACCGCAUCACCCUGAUCCGGGGCAACCACGAGAGCCGUCAGAUCACCCAGGUCUACGGCUUCUACGACGAGUGCCUGCGCAAGUACGGCUCAGUGACCGUGUGGCGCUACUGCACUGAGAUCUUUGACUACCUCAGCCUGUCGGCCAUCAUCGAUGGCAAGAUCUUCUGUGUGCACGGGGGCCUCUCCCCCUCCAUCCAGACCCUGGACCAGAUCCGGACAAUCGACCGAAAGCAAGAGGUGCCUCACGACGGGCCCAUGUGUGACCUGCUCUGGUCCGACCCUGAAGACACAACAGGCUGGGGGGUGAGCCCCCGUGGGGCUGGCUACCUGUUUGGCAGCGACGUGGUGGCCCAGUUCAACGCAGCCAACGACAUUGACAUGAUCUGCCGCGCCCACCAACUGGUGAUGGAAGGUUACAAGUGGCACUUCAAUGAGACUGUACUCACUGUGUGGUCGGCACCCAACUACUGCUACCGCUGUGGGAACGUGGCUGCCAUCCUGGAGCUGGACGAGCAUCUCCAGAAGGAUUUCAUCAUCUUCGAGGCUGCUCCCCAAGAGACACGGGGCAUCCCCUCCAAAAAGCCCGUGGCCGACUACUUCCUGUGACCCCUUCGGCCCCUGCCCCCCUCCAGCCCCUCUGGCCCCCGGACCACUGUGACUCUGCCCUCUUCAGACGGAGGCCGGGCAUGGGGGGGUGCACUGUCCCCGGCUUUGCUCUCCCCCCGAAGAGGGCACUUCAGGGGUGAGGACUUUUCUGGAGAGGCUCGGAGCCUCAGCUCCGUGCUCUUCCUCCCGUGUCCCCGCUUGAACCAUGAAGUUUCCAAUAAUUUUGUUUUUCUUUUUUCCUUUUUUUUUUUUUGUUUUUAGAUAAAAAUUUUGAGAAAAA